CAUCUAGUACAAAGCUGAAUGUGAAGUUUAAUGAAACAUUUUCGUGAUUAUUCUUGAACUUUCCAUUGAGCAGAGAAAAAGGUGUUUCAAGUUACAGUAUCAAAUAAACCGACAAAGAAACGUAAACUGAAGUGGAUAACUAAAGCAAUUCGUGAAUUGAACAAUAAAUUACUUGGAAAAUAUGGAGCAGGAUACAGCAACAAUGAUCAAUCUGUUGAAAGAACAAGGGAACGCUGCACUUUCGAGCGAGAAUUACGAUCAAGCGAUCGAAAUCUACACAAAAGCAAUUCAGUUGGACGAUAAAAAUCAUGUGCUGUACAGUAACAGAUCUGCUGCGUACGUAAAAGCCGGUAAAUACGAGGAAGCUCUGCAGGACGCUAACAAAACGAUCGAAUUGAAUCCAACAUGGGUGAAAGGAUAUUCGCGAAAAGGAUCGGCGCUAUCGUUUAUGCAGAAGUAUGGUGACGCUUUGACGGCCUAUGGAGAAGGUUUGAAGCAAGACCCAACCAACGCUGCCCUCCUUCAAGGAUCCGCAGAGGCCAAGCAAUCGCUGCUAUCAAUGUUUUCAAAUUACAUGGAAGUCGAUCCCAGUUCACCGCAAGCAACAAGUGCUCCGCCAAAGCCAGCACCAAAGGCGGCUUCACCUCCAAAAGAUGAGGACGUUAACCUUACCGAAAACCAAAAAUUAGCAAAGAAAUCGAAAAUUCUCGGAAACGAUGCCUACAAAAAGAAAGACUUUGAGACGGCACUCAAACACUACAACGAGGCCAUGGAACACGAUCCGACUGAUAUAACAUUCUACAACAACACAGCUGCCGUCUACUUCGAACAGAAGGAUUACGAAAAGUGCAUCUCAACGUGCGAGAAGGGCAUCGAAAUUGGACGUGAGAACCGGGCUGAUUUUAAGUUGAUAGCAAAGGCGUUUUCGCGUAUCGGCAACGCUUACAAGAAAAUGGAAAAUUGGAAAACGGCCAAGACUUACUUCGAAAAAUCAAUGUCCGAGCAUCGCACUCCGGAAGUGAAAACGAUUUUGAGCCAAAUCGAUAAGAAGAUUAAAGAAGAGGAAUUGAAGGCGUACGUCGAUCCAGUCAAAGCCGAAGAGGAGAAGGAAUUAGGCAACGAAUUUUUCAAGAAAGGUGAAUUCAGCACGGCUAUCAAACAUUACUCCGAAGCCAUCAAACGAAAUCCAGAAGAUCCGAAACUGUACAGCAACCGCGCGGCAUGCUACACGAAAUUAGCUGCAUUCGAUCUGGGAUUGAAGGACUGCGAUAUGUGCACAACGUUAGACGACAAAUUCAUCAAGGGCUGGAUACGUAAGGGAAAAAUCCUGCAAGGAAUGCAAAAGUCUUCGAAAGCUCUAGCCGCAUAUCAAAAGGCGAUCGAAAUCGAUCCGAAUAACACGGAAGCCGUGGAGGGAUACCGUUCGUGCACGAUGGCUGUUCACAGCAAUCCACAAGAGACGUGGCAGAAGGCUAUGACCGAUCCGGAGGUGCAACAAAUUCUUAAAGAUCCAGCCAUGAGAAUGAUCUUGAAUCAGAUGCAAAGUGACCCGAAGGCCGUACAGGAUCAUCUAAAGAAUCCAGAGAUCGCAGGCAAGAUCCAAAAGCUGCUGGAGUCGGGCAUUAUUCAAAUUCACUAAGCAGAGCUGACUAUACAGAGAGUAUGAAAAAUUGUUUUUUUUGAUGAGCAUAUUCAAUUGGAGUGAUGAUUAUGUUGUUGACUGGACGUGGGACCUCUUUCUUUUUGUAUUCAAACAUCCAUCAGUUGCAUAGAAUUAUAAUGUGUCUAAUUGGUCUCAAUGGAGCAUCAGCUAAACCACAAUGAUUCGAAAUAAAUUUUCUUGUAGCUUUUA